AUGCUAUCAGCCUCACGACCAAACACUCCCAGGAGCCGCAGUUCCUGGUUGCGAGCUCCCAACAUUCAAGACCUCCUAGGCACCUCCAGGGCGACAUACUCCCCGCCCCAACAUGUAUCUUUCCGACCCAUGUUGACAGCAGACGACAAAGAAAAUGAGGACAUCCAUAAUGCAAACACAAUUAAGGCUUCGCAUCAGAAGAACAUGUCAACCAGGUCAAACAUCGAGAAGCUGGACAUGAAGAGCAAUGAUAAGAGGAGUGACGGGGACAAGGAUAAGUACAAAGACAUGAGCUUUGAUUCCAGUCACCUGUCAGAUUCGAUGCAUGAGAAGAAGCUUCGUGCUCAAGCGUCUGAUCGACAUGACCAGUACAUGCGGCGGCUGCACAAACUUUCAUUGAUGAGACCCCUGGUGCCUCGAGAAGCAGGAGACUCAGACCACAGGCUGCACGAGCAACAGAGCCUCGCAACCGCGCUUCCUCCGCACAGCUUGUCAAAGAUGCGACCCGAUGAUCAUGUAAAGCCUUCGCUCUCAAAUCUGCCAAGUGAGCCGAACAGAGAAGCUGAGGAGUUACUCCAACUGAAAGAAAAAUGUCAAUCACUGCAGAAACAGCUCGAGCUUGCAGAGCAAUCGAAUAAAAAUCUGCAGAUUAGAUUGAGUGACAUGACAGAGAUGUAUGCCAUGCUUCAGAAUCGAAGAAGAGAGUCUCUGAUAAGGAUAUCAUCUUCAAGAUGUCGAAGUAGAGCUCUGAUCAGAGCGUUCAGCCAAUGGAGUUGGAUGGUCGUCCUUAAGGACACAAGCGUUCAACACGCACCACAUCAAGACUCCAACGAAGACGAGGGAGAUCAGGACUCUUGUCAAAAACUAGUUGUUUUGCUCAGCGAGAAAAAUUCGGAGAUCUCUGACAUGCAAUCCAUAGUACAUCAAGUAGAAGAGAGAGCGCAAGAGGCUCGCGAGGCAGCCUCCUCUUACCAAAUUCAAAUGAAAGAGCAACAAGCCCUUGUCGAGAGAUUUUACACGACUCAAGGACUAUCUUACAAGGAUGUACUUGAUUUUGAGAAAGAAAAGUACAAACUGGAGGUAAGAAUCGAAGAAUUGCAGGAACAGUUGCAAAAGGUCCGCGUGAAAGAUAAAAUCCGAGUUUUCGAAGCUUCACCCAGAAAUCCGUUCAACACAGAAAAGCAAUCAAAUCAGACUGAACAAGAUUUGUUGCCCCAAAAUGUUGAGAAAUUCUUGCACAAGGUGAUAGCAUACAAUGCACGAAAGCAUUCAAGACUUAUUCAGCUACGUCACUUGUUUCAUUGGUAUCUGUUUGUUGUGAGGAAUAGCAUCUCAAUCAAAGGAGGAAGAAGUGCACUCGAUCCCCUCAAACGGAUCGACGAGCUUGGCAUUGAGCUCAAGUCGUUGAAGGAGAUGUUGGAAAGAGAAAAGAACGGAGCCAGACAAACAGCUAAGGACCGAAGACAAGACCUGCGCCCACAAGCCUUUGAAAGUUUGCUUGCUGAUGACAGCACUCUCGUCACUGUCAGCUCGCUCUCUUUCUCUACCUUUCACUCCGACUGGUCUCCCGUUCAGUCUCAGGCGGAUCUGUCACAUCCGGAUGCCUCGGUCGACGAGCAGGUGCUGCUCGUCUCUUUUCCCUCGCCCGCCUCAACGGCUCAUCAGGCUCGAUCGCUCACCAAACGUUUGGCCUACUUCUUGCUUCGGCUCUGUGAGUUUCAAAUCUCGAUGGGCAAGGCAAACAUCUUCGCCAGCGCCUGCUGGGAAUUUGCAAACCUGAUCCGAAAGAACGAGAGCUUCGAUGGAUCUGAUUUCUUCAAACGUUUUGGCCUCUACAUGAUGAUGAAGACAUGGAAAUCAGCAGUCAACGGAGUUUCGAGGAGCUGCUCAACAGAUGAGUUGGAAGUCUCUACCAACAGGAUCCUCUUCAAGGAAAGCGAUGCUUCUAUGAUGUGCUGUACGCACGAAGAAACUUGCGAUUUGUCGGGCGUGGAGUUUUCCACAGGAAUACGACUGUCAUGCAAGAUAUCAAGAGCAGGCAACGAGGGGCACAGACUUGUGGUAGACGACGAGCGUGCAGAGCGUCACAAGAGUCGAGACAAGAUGUUUCUCCAGGUGGGCUGUGACCCGCGAACGGUUGAGAAUCGAUUCUUCGACGUGGACGCAUUACGAGAAGCUUGUGACGGCGCGGCACUCUACCGCACAUGCUCGCUCGAGCUGACGUCGGAUGAAUUGCCGACGCAAGAGAUCAAGCAGUGGGCGCCGGACUCCAGUGACCAAGAGGCGAGCAGAGCUGAGUUGCCUUGGACCAGGACAAGCCGGCAUAAGUGCAGCGAGGAGGAGAAAGGAAGCCAAGCUUUGCCUCUCCAACCUUUCAUCGAGUUCAAUCAUGAAAAUUCGAGAGACUUUGAGAUCGAAGGAUUACAGGAAAAGAGCUCGGAUGCAGCUGCGAGAAGCAACUCAAGCUUUGAUUCUGACGCUUCAGAUGUCAGCACUACAUUAUUUUUUUGA